AUGUGGUUACAUCUUCUGUGCUCCUCCUUGCUGCUCAUCACAACAGCAAUAAUAUUUUCCACAGCAGAAGACAUAAGCACAUUUCAGUCCAUUGCAGAUGGUGAGACCGUAGUCUCAACAGGGGGAACCUUUGAGCUUGGAUUCUUCAGCGCUGGUGCUUCAAAAAGCCGAUACGUGGCGAUAUGGUACAAGAAGAUACCGGUUGCCACCAUUGUAUGGAUUGCCAACAGAGACACACCCCUCACAGGUUCAUCAGGUGUACUCAAGGUAAGCAGCCCUGGAAUACUUGUCCUUGUUGACCAAAAGAACACUACAGUUUGGUCUUCCAACACAUCGAGUUCUGCACAGAAUCCAGUGGGAAAACUUUUGGAUUCGGGAAAUCUUGUUGUGAUAGAUGGCAAUGAUAAUAAUGACACGGAGAAAUAUUUAUGGCAGAGUUUUGAUUACCCAG